AUGAAGGACAUCGGAAAUGUUAAUCGAUGUUUGGGUAUAAAUUUCCAUCAGAAUCUGGAGAAGGGCGAGAUAUUUCUAUCGCAACGAUCGUAUGCUGAAUCAGUAUUGAAUCGAUUCGGCAUGUCAGAGUGCAAUCCUUCGAAUACGCCAAUAGAAACAAAUUGCAAUCUCACGUUGCCUGCAAGGAAAGACGAGGCGAAGUUCCCGUUUCAAUGUCUAAUCGGUGCUUUGAUGUACUUGGCAGUAUCUAUGAGACCUGACAUAGCGUAUGCCGUCAAUUUUAUGAGUCAAUUUAAUAACAACUACACAGAACAGCACUGGAAGGCGGCAAAACGAAUUUUGCGUUACAUCAAGGGUACAUUACAACAAGGUUUACUGUACAAAAAGACUGGUGCAGAUUUAUACGGUGUAGUCGAUGCUGAUUGGGGCGCAAAUUCAGCAGACAGGCGGUCUUACUCAGGUUUUGCGUUUAUAUUCGCCGGAUCGUCUAUAAGCUGGGAAGCGCGUAAGCAGCGUACUGUUUCGCUUUCAAGUACAGAAGCGGAAUACAUACACUCAGAAAAAAUGCCCUCCCUAAAAUAA